UUGAUAAGCGCGCCAUAGAUUUUCCGUUGUUAACCUAACUAUGUACUGCAACUGCAGCUAAACCAAACCAAACUACAGAACUGUUCUUCACAGUCUUACUUAUUUUAUAAAUUUAUUUAUCUGACAAAAUGGGUGAUGCUAGAGCAGUAUCCACUCAUAGAUUGAGCACUAAGUGCCCAGACACUCCAUCUGAAUGUAAUCUAGUGAUUGAUGAUGAUUACGAAGAAAAUAUUCAAUUGGGUAUUUCAAAAGGCAAACCAAAAAGAGCUAAAGGUGUUAGAACUACAGAAGAACCAACACACAUCAUUUGCACUUGGGAUCAAUGUGGCAAACUCUUCCAUGAUAGUGUAAAUUAUAUUAAUCAUGUAGAUGAACACUCUGCAGAAGCAGAAAGUAUUGAUGAUCUUUACAUGUGCCAGUUUGCUUCAUGUGAUUACAUCACCAAAACACAAGCUGCAUUUGUUCGUCAUGUUGCCUUUCAUUCCUACCAUGAAAGAAUUAAAAACAUUGGUAUCAAUGUAGUUGAAAGACAAAGACUGCCCAAAUGUAUUAUUUUAGACCGUUACCAAGUAGGUGAGAUAGCAGCAAAUGAGUGCAGAUGGCACAGAUGCAAUCAAACAUUUGAUAACAUCAAUGAGUUUCUUUGCCAUGUGAGAGACCAUACCAAGAACAAACAGAAAUAUUGCAGGAAGGGUGAUUUUAACAAGUGUGAAUGGCUAGGUUGUAGUUUAAAAUUUACUUCUCUCUAUAAGUUAAUAGACCAUUUGAGGAGUCACACUACUGAGAAGGUGAUUGCUUGCCCAAUUUGUGGGAAUUUGUACUCAUCAAAGACGAGAUUUGCUGAUCACCGAAGAAGACAAAUUCCUUCGGAAUUACACAGCUAUCAAUGUUCCGAAUGUUCUAAACUAUUCUCAACUGAACGACUGCUACGAGAUCACAUGAGGUCGCACAUCAAUCAUUAUAAAUGCAACAUGUGUGAUAUGACUUGUUCACGUCCUUCUAUGCUCGCUGUACAUGUACGCUUCCGACACAUGACGGAAAGACCUUUUAAGUGCCACCUCUGCGAGUUUGGCGCAGUGACAAAGUCUAAUCUCGACUCACAUUUGCUUACACAUUGCCCGGAAAGCAUGUACGCGUGCGAAUUUUGCAACUUUCGAUGCAGAUCUGUUCUGGGUUUAGAAAAUCAUCUUGAACGAGAACAUGUAACGGAACCCGCUCUGCUGUACGAAUGCCACUGCUGCCAGAAACGUUUCCCACGUGGAGGUAAACUAACCACGCACCUGAUAAAGAUACACGACUUCACUUGGCCGUCGGGACACUCCCGCUUCAGAUACAAGCAGGAAGCGGAUGGUUUCUACCGGUUGCAAACAGUGCGCUACGAAAGUUUGGAGGUAACGCAGCAGAUAAUAACAGACAAGCCGCCUGUGAUGGACAAUUCCAAGUAUGAAGUGACAAUCACUUCAUGUCCUUCUGGACGUCUGCCAUCAUUUGUGCUCAGUGUUAGAGAGAAACCAGACGCUUCUGAUGACAAUUCAGAUUAAAUUAUGCAUGAUUCCACUUAAUUUACAAUUUUCUGUCCCAAGCGAAACAUUGUAUUUGUAAAAAUUAAAAUACUUUAUUGAAAUUUCCCAGAUUUGGAUUACGAAUAAGUAAUAAAAGUUCUAAUUAAAUCAAA